CCUCCUUUCCGAAUCACCAUUUGAGCAAUAAGUUUGAAGCCUAAACACAUACUUUUGUGCUUGUUCUCAUAAACAGAGUUAAAGACUUCAGUCGACUUGCACAUUUAACCAAAACAAAAAUUAUUACAAUGGCAUUAUCAAACGCUGAAUUAGCAUGCGUCUACGCAGCACUUAUCCUUGUUGACGAUGAAGUAGCCAUCACAGGUGAAAAGAUCUCAACUAUCUUGAAAGCUGCUAAUGUCGAGGUUGAACCAUACUGGCCAAGUCUUUUUGCCAAGGCUCUUGAAGGAGUUGACAUCAAAAACUUGAUCACCAACAUUGGAUCAGGAGUUGGAUCAGCACCGGCCGGUGGUGCUGCCACUGCUGCUGCAGCAGCCCCUGCUGCACCUGCAGAAGCCAAGAAAGAAGAAAAGAAAGAGGAAUCUGAGGCAUCUGAUGAUGACAUGGGAUUCGGUCUUUUCGAUUAAACAUCUUAUUCUUCUUUGAUUCCGUACAAUUGCAUUUUGUACACCGAAUUAUUUGAGAAAUAAACAGAAAAACAUAAAUUAUGA